AUGCUACAACAACUACUACACAAACAAGAGAGAUCAAACCAGAAAGUCAUUAGAAUAUUUACCUUUGAAGAGCUUCAACAAGCUACCAACAACUAUGACAACAGUACAAUCAUUGGUCGAGGAGGUAAUGGGACAGUAUACAAGGGCAUUCUAGUGGACAAUAGGGUCGUGGCCAUUAAGAAGUCUAAUAAAAUGGUGGAUGAAAGUCAAGUAGAGCAAUUUGUAAAUGAAUUGGUUGUGCUUUCGCAAAUCAAUCAUCGUAAUGUGGUCAAACUCUUGGGUUGUUGCUUAGAGACUCAAGUUCCCUUGCUUGUGUAUGAAUUUAUGUCCAAUGGCACCCUCUUUGAGAACAUACAUAAACAAACUGGGACACUUUCAUGGGAAACUCGUUUACAAAUAGCUACAGAAACUGCAGGAGUAUUGUCAUAUUUGCACUCUAUGGCAUCUAUUCCCAUCAUCCAUAGAGAUGUCAAGUCUACAAACAUACUCUUGGAUGACAAUUAUACAGUAAAAGUAUCAGAUUUUGGAGCUUCAAAACUCAUUCCCCAGGAUGAAGAUCAAUUAGCUACUGCAGUACAAGGAACUCUUGGAUACUUGGACCCUGAAUACAUGCUUACUAGCAAUUUGACCCAAAAAAGUGAUGUUUAUAGCUUCGGAGUUGUCUUAGUCGAGUUAAUGACAGGGAUGAAGGCAUUGUCAUUUGAUAGGCCAGAGGAAGAAAGAAGUCUAGCUAACUACUUUAUUUCAUGUUUGGUAAACAAUCGUUUGGACCGAGUCAUUGAUGAACACAUAGACAUUGGUGGUAAUGAUGAUCAGCUUGAGGAAAUGGCAUAUCUAGCAAUGCGAUGUCUAAAAAUGAAAGGGGAUGAAAGGCCUAGCAUGAAGGAAGUAGCAAUGGAACUAGAGGGGAUAAUUAAGAAAAGGACAGAGAAGCAUCCUUGGAUUGGAAUUAAUUUGAGUCUUUCUAAAGAGACUGAAUACUUGCUUGGUGAGGCAUCAAGGACUUUGGAAAUUGAAGAUUGUAGCAACCAAAUAACUUUGUAUGACAACAUGAGGGAGCAUGUAGUAUUGCCAGUGGAAGGUGGAAGGUAA